AGCCUGAUGGCGCCAGCAAGGGUCGGCGGUGGGCGGGUGUCGGCCUCCCUCCCGCCCCCACACCACCUUCGCGUUGCCGUGACAACAGAUUUCUAGGUACCUUCUUCCUCAGUCCGAGCUCUUAGUCCCUCCGCGGGCGCCGAUAGAUGCCUCCGGCUCCAACAUCUUUUUGGGUCUCUUCAGCCUCACUCCAGACCCCCGAUUCCCUUUCUCAUGCUACCCGGGCGGUGCCGCGCCGAACUACAUUUCCCAGAAGUCUUGGCGGCAGAACGAAACUUCCGGUCCCUCACCGGGCUGUGCCGACUACAUUUCCCAGACAACUUUGCAGCGGCGGGACCGUGAAAAUUACACUUCCCGGAGUCCUUUCGCGGUGGGACCACAGUCUGUCUUAGGCGUCUCGAAGCUUUAAGGAGACGCUGACUCCCGGAGGCCUUUGCCGCUGACAGGAGAGACUACACUUCCCAGAGGUCUCUGCGGCGCUGGAGCGGAAGCGACGGACGACUCGAGUGUCCUUGCGCGCGUCGCCGAGCGAAGACGAUGUCCCGAGUGUGGUCGCUGAUGAGGUUCCUCAUCAAAGGCAGCGUGGCUGGGGGCGCAGUCUACCUGGUGUAUGACCAGCAGCUGCUGGGUACCGGUGAUAAAAGCCAGGCCGCCCUCCAGAAGGCUGAGGAGGUGGUCCCCCCAGCUGUGUACCAGUUCAGCCAGUAUGUGUGUGAGCAGACGGGGCUGAAGAUACCCCAGCUCCCAGCCCUUCCAGAGCUUCCAGAGCUUAACUUUCACUUCCGAGAUAACUGGAAUUCAGGCAUCAUUACAGUGAUGUCUGCCCUGUCGGUGGCCCCUGCCAAGGUCUGCGCAUACACCAAGGAGGGCUGGCAGUACCUGAAGGAGCGAGUCAAGUAACCUGAAUGUUAGAGGUGGCUGCCUGCCUCCGUUGGGGAAUGGCAGGUAUGCAAUGAACCAGAAGACUCCAGACUGGGACCCUACUCCAAGGGCAGCUCCCGGCCCUGCUGGCCCAAUAAAGGACUUUGGAAACGUCUUCUCCCAUGUGCUGGUCCUGGGGGGCAUA